AGCCACUUCGGCUCAACUUGGCCACCUCCUCCGAAGGCGGCCAAGCCGAGGAGCCUUCCGCUCGGCCCGAGGCCCCGGCGCCCGGCCUGGCGCCGGCGCCGGGGCCCAGCGCGCGGCAGCGAGCCUGGCGUGGCGCAGCAGCACGCCGCGCAGUCGUUCCGAUGUCCGCAGCCGCGCCUGGGCCAGCCACGCCGAGGACUCCCGAUGCCCCCAGGCUUGUUGCGGCGACCAGCUGCGGCUCCUCCGAGGAGUCGCCGCCCUCACUGCCGGGCACGAGCAAGCGCGCGUUCCGCGGCGAGCACCUGAAGAUCCCAGGCGCGGACGAGACGCCCACGACCGAGUCGGUCGGGGACUCCGCCCAUGCGCGCAUCACCUCCAUGAGGACACCCGUGUCGGCACACCUCGGCUCCGUGCGCAGGUCGCUGGAGUUGGACGCGGCCACCAGCACGCCGGGCAGUGCGAGCAAGCCGGUCGUGAGGCGGUGGAACAGCGGUCUUGCGUGGGGCGAAGACGGGCUUUCGCGUCACUGCUAUGUCUCCCUCUCGGAGCCAGGUCUCCUUCCCUGGCUGUGCUGCCUGACUCCAGGCUUCUGCCUCUUCGGUACGCUGUUGGUUAUUCUCGCCGCGGCCGCCUUCAGCCAGGUGGCGUUUUAUUAUCUGACGGCGCUCCUGACGGGAUACGUAGCCUGCUGGAGCGCUAAUCUCGCGGUGUCCUGCACCGUCGGCUUCCUGAACAUGCGCCGAGACUCUUCCAAGGAUUGGCACGCGAUGCUCAGGGAAGUGCAGGCCAAGACGAGCAACGCUUCCGUCAUGCACAUCGUCAUCCUGCCGAAUUACAAGGAGGACGAGGAGAUGAUGUUCGAUACGCUCUUGAACAUCGCAAAGUCCCCGCUCGCCAAGGACUGCAUACGGAUAGCGCUGGGUAUGGAGGAGCGCGAGGGCCCCAGCGGCCAGCAGAAGGCGGAGCGGCUCAUAGCCCGCUGCAAGGGCAUGUUCUCGGACAUGUUCGCCACCUUCCACCCCCCGGGCCGCCAGGGUGAGACAGCAGGGAAGUCCUCCAACACGCAGUGGGCGUACCGCGGUACGCUGGAGCGGUACGCGGACGAGCUCACGACCUGGGACCCGUCUCGCGUCUUCCUGACCGUGGGCGACGCGGACACCAUAUGGAACCCGCAGUACUUCGACUGCCUGGCGUACCGCGGGCUCACGAUGCCAAAGGAGGAGGUGGCGUGGACGAUUUGGCAGCCGCCGCUGUUGCUCUUCCGCAACCUCUUCGCGGUGCCGGCGUUCACCCGGCUGUCCGGCUUCGGCACGUUCUUGUUCGAGCUGGCCGGGCUAGCGAACCAGAGGGUGGGCGUGCACUUCUGCUUCUCGUCUUACUCCCUCACGCUGGCGUUGGCCUCCCACCGGGUGAUCCAGGGCUGGGACCCUGACGUGAUCGCGGAGGACCACCACAUGUUCUGCAAGUGCUUCUUCGGAGCCAUGUGGGAGGCCGCCAAGUCCGAGGGCGACAAGGACAAGGACCCCGAGCUCAUCGAGCCAAAGGUUCGCCUCUGCCCCGUGUGGCUGCCAGCCGAGGGCUACCUCGUGGAGUCCUCGGAGGGGUACUGGGAAUCGUGCGUGGCGCGGUUCCAGCAGGCGAGGCGCCACGCGCAGGGCGUGGCGGAGCUCGGCUACGCGACGCUGCAGUACGUGCGGCUGCUGGCUGCCGUCGGGCCUCGGCGGCUCUCUGCCAGGGCGCACCUGCAGAUCUGGUCCAUCCUCCUCAAGAUGUCCACCGUGCACAUCUUCAACACGCUGCAGGCCUUCGUCAUGACGCUGAACAUCGCCAUGGCGGUGCCGGCCGUCGUGGGGCGGGUGCUCGUGCACGGGCUGGCCGUGUUCGCGUCGCCGUGGCUGCUCUUCGGCUUUGACAGCGCGUCGUCCACCGCGCUGUCCCAGAAGCUGUGCCUCGCCGCCCAUGGCCCGCUGCCACUGGUGGGGGUGCUGUCCGCGGUGACUCUCUUCCUGGCCGUGAAGGACGUGAUCGAGGGGCGCUACAUCCCAAAGACGCCGCACAGGGGCAGCGGCGGCGGCAAGGAGCCGCCGCCGCCCGCCGCGGGCGGGGGCAGGAUGAGCACCCUGGAGUGCGUCACGCUGGCGGCGAAGAUGCAGCACGACAUGUUGGCGUUGUCCGAGCCAACGAUACUGCUCUACGGCAUGGUCCCAGAGAUCCUUGCAGCAUGGUCGCUCCUGCGAAAGGGCUCGGACUUCGAGUACAUCGUCGCGGCGAAGCCCACGUCGGACUGAGCGUGUGGAGGGCUGCGCGCGCGCGUGCUUGCUGGGAGGGAGGCGGCUGAGGAGGAG